AUGUUGGAGAAUGGUAAAGAGGUUCUGUUGCCUACGACUAAUUCUUUUGUGAACAUUGUUGAUGUUACAAAGGUGACCCGUAGUGGUCGUGUUUUUGGUCCUGUUUUCCCAAAAGAUGUAGAGGAUAUUAGUAAGAAGGUUGAGGUACCUACAGCAAAUCUGGUUAGUGCUCUAAAGUUUCAGUAUGGUGAAUCCAACAAUAUGAAGCCAAAUAAUGAUGAAGAGACCGCUGAAUGCUCGGAAUCUGAAGAGCAUGGGGAUCAUGACCAAGUCAGAGUCAAACCAACUCUUGAUACCUCAUGGGAAGCACUCAAGGAUCAUAGAGAGAUUCCAAAUGGACUCUACUUGUUCUCCAAGAUUGACCCUCCAGAGAGGACUCGAGAACCCUCUGAGAAGCCCAAGAAGGCGAAGAAAGCUAAGCUGGGAGAAUCCUCUGGAUCAAGACCCCUAGUUCCUCUGGUUGGCUCUCCAGGUAAGUCUGUAUCUCUCCCUCGCUUUGUCAAAAUUAAACCAACUGCUUUUUCUCUUCCCCAAACAACUCUCGUAGACACCUCUGCAGAAACUCCUCCCUCAACCACCAAAUCUUCUAACCCACCCUCUCUGAAAUUCAACCUCGCCACCACAACAUUACCAGUUUCAGAAGCCGAAAUGCUGAAUGAAACCACCUCACCAUCAGCAUCACCAUCUCCUCAAUCCCCACCUUACUAUGAACUCUCCUCUGAUACCGAACCAUCUGACCCCCAAUCCCCCACUCUGGCUCAGCUACAAGCCCGUGCUCUGGCCUUUCAACAGCCAUCACACCUUGAACCUGAACCAGAAGUCACUUCCAUACCUCCUGAACAUCCAACCACAUUUGAACUACCUCAAACACCACCUGCACAACAACCAAUCCACUCUGAACCACAACCAACCCAACCACCAUCUGAACUAACCCCACAACCUGCACCUUCCUCAUAUGAUAGGCCUUUCACCUUCUCUGAACAAGUCCGCAACGACUUUGUCAGAGACAUUGGGAUUAGACUUCAAGAGAGCUUAGCCAGAGAAGCUGAGGAAUGGAUAAGGAAGGAAGCUGAGGAGAAAGUGUGUCAAGAAGAACUUCAAACAGUCAGAGAAGCUGAGGCAAAGGAUGCUGCUGACGCUGCUGCUACGGCUGUUGUUGAGGCUGAGGCAAAAGCUAAAGCCGACGCUGAAGAAGAAGCUCAUAUUGUUGAAGAAGCUGCUGCCAAAGCCAACAAUGGUGCACUUACUCAGGGGGAGCACUCCAACUCUGGGUUCAUCCCUCUGGUCCUAAAGACUCUAGAGGAACUGCAGAAAGAACAACAGGUCAUUCGGGCCAGGCUGGUUCAACAGGACUCUAUCAAUGUUAACAUUCAGAACAUGAUGUCCUAA